GACGGAUCGAGAAGCAAUCACUUUUCUUGAAAUCUAUUCCUUAUUGCGUUUUCUCCUUCGUUUUACGGCAUCGAAAUCCUUGCUCCGUCUCAGUCCCGAUGUGCGCACACAGAGCCUUACCAAUUUACUGCCGCGUCGCAGCAACCAGCCGUCAAACGGAUGCCGACCGGAGCCAACAACGCACUUUUCCCUACGCAGACAAGAGCAGCUUCCGGACCGAAAACAUGCUACGAUUAAUCUGGACGCGAUGAUGCAUACAGGGCGGGGAGACUGGUGAAAUGAGAGUGACAGGAGCCAGCAUGGCAUUUGUUGUUCAUGGUCAACAGCCUCUCCCUAGCAUCAUCGUCAAUACACGCUCGCGAUCUCGCUUUCUGUCUUAUGCCCUUCGAAAUUCCAUCACCAAGGUCAAGCCACUAGUCAGUCACCAUGGAACGCGCUUCCAAUGCCCCCGAGAAUUCGUCACGACCGGAGAACACACCUACAUCGUCGCAACCCAGAAAUCGACCGUCGAAUAGUGCAGCUGGUAGCAUCUCCAGACAUAGCGAAUUGAACAGGUUGCUUGACAGCCUCGCAAAGGAUGUUGAAUAUCGCAACGGUGAUGGACAACGCUCUCGGGAGAAUUCCCUUACGCCCUGUGCGCGGAGAGGCGCGACACCAACACCACCAGCACAGUCUGCCAAAUAUCUAAGUUGGAAAUACCCUGGCGGUCGGGAGGCGACUGGUGAUUUCCUCAUCUGUGUUGCGCACAGGGAGAUGGACCGUCGACGCGAGUCGCAGCCGAAUCCCACAUACACAACGGAAGAGCGGUUUCCAAUUGAGGAAUUCCUGGGGUGGAGAAUAUACGACGAGGAUAGUGUGGUGAUCAGUGUGAGAUGGGCAGAUGGCAGCCCUGAUACUGAGGAGCCGGAAGAGAUCAUUCACAUCGACUGUGCCGAGGCACUAUUGAACUUCUGGAGACGGCAGGGUGGUCGCGGUCCGGCAACUGGCCUACGAGAAAAUCGCAUAUUAAGGGUUCUCAAAAGCAGGGAGUCCAGGAAAGACAAGGGCAGUGAGUUACUGCUCUGUCAAUGGAUUGGGCUCCCAGCAAGUGACCGAUACACCACUUGGAUGUCUGAGGAAGAGGUCCAGGAUAGGGCCUUGGGUCAAUGGCUGGAGUUUAAAACGGGGGUGGAUUAUAUCUUCGGCUGAGAUGCUGAAGACUGCAGAAACAUGUACAUAUUGUCUACUCGUCGAUAGGCUUCUCGAUCUCUCUUUGGUUCGCAUCUCAUUUGGGCUGUUGGUUAUUUGAUGCGUUGUCGGUUUGAGACGGUUGAACGGUGGAGCUGUUACUUAAUGUCAUAGGGGAUGCUUCAAGGCGUAUCGCUUCCUCGGCCGCACCACUUAUUACACUUUCUUACCUGUUUGCGAAAAUUACAAAAAUAGUCGCAAGCGAACAAUCAAUCGGCAAGUCAUUGGUCUCUCC